AUGGCGGAGGCAGCCAACAAAUCCUCUCUGGCGAGCACGAUAUUCCCCUGGAGUAGAAGCAGCACACCUCCGCCCAAGUCACCUCUCCAGAAGCCCAAGGACAAAUCUCCAGCUCUCAAGCAGUCCAGUGGGCUCGACCACACUCUUAGUCUGGGACCUCGCAGUCUACCCAAAUAUCCUAAGGACUGCCCUCCUCUAAAAGCUCGAUGGUACUAUGCCGUCGAUGUGCCGAAGCGGAAGCCCUUUGCACCAGAGUUAUCGGCCGAAGAAAAGGCCAAACCACCGCCAGUACCGAAAAGGCUGGUUGCCUUCUCAGCCUCGGAUUCGAUCAACAUUGAAAAGCGAUAUCAGACUCUUGCACAGAAGAGUCAAGGCAAAGGCGGAAGCGCUGAGCUCGCGGCGAGCACCAAAGUACCAGUGAACGAAGACUAUCUGUAUGAUGUCGAUAUUGAGAAGCGGGAGCUGCUGCCCGCAUAUUGGCUGGGGCCGGUGUAUGAAGUUCGAAGAGGUACUUGGUUCUACGCAGAAAAUCCCCUAAGACCAUGCGACGAAAAUCUCGCCAACCAACUUGAGGAAGGGUACCUGAAACUGAGUCCGUGGAGGCGACUCAAUCUGCAAUCGCCGCGUGCAGCUUCUCAACCUAGGGCACGACCUAGAUCCGAGGUUAUAGAAGGCUCGCCGGCUCAGCCCUCGGGCAAGUCGCCACCAUCGCAGGACGAUAGCCAAACUACCAGCCCAAACACAUAUCGACUUUUCGGGAUCCAUAUGAACACGACAGUGACAUAUCAGGACGAUACAGUCGCAUAUCUGACCACGGACGACUUUCUCUCUCGAGUGAGCAGCACAGUUUACGGAAGAUUCGUCGGCUAUGGGGGAACUAAAGUUGUUCGAGGCUGGGUAGAGAAAUUGGGCGACCCACCGAAGGCUGACCAGAAAGAUGGAGAACCUGCCGCCACAAAAGACAAACGCAAGUCUGCCAAAAUACCUUUGGAAGGCGAACCCGACCCUGGCCAGGACAAGCUUCAAGCAAAGAAGAAGGACGAGACGGAGAAGCCACGACGCACGGCACUUGAGCGACAAAUAUCCUCCCUGGCUGGCCUCCCUAAUGCUGAGGAAUCCAACGACAUGGGCGAGGAGGAAGAGGCUCGAGAACAAGAAGAACGUGAGAUGGCAGACGCUCGGGAGAAAGACGGAGAAGACCAGGCAAGACAGAUUGAUCACUUAGUUCUCGUGACACACGGUAUUGGUCAGCGACUGGGAUUGCGGCUUGACAGCAUCAACUUCAUCCAUGAUGUCAACAUGCUACGCAAGACGAUGAAGGCCGUGUAUGAGUCGGCUCCUGAUCUCCAGGCACUUAGUGGUGACCCGAAGAACUGCAGAGUACAGGUGCUGCCCAUCUGCUGGCGACACAGACUGGAUUUCCCGAAGCAAAGUCUAAAGCAGAACCGGCAGGAAUUCGACAUUGGCGAUGCUGACGAUUUCUUGGAAGAUCAAUACCCCUCGCUGCAGGAUAUCACCGUGGAAGGCGUUCCAGCGGUGCGAAACCUGAUCACCGAUCUGGCAUUGGACGUGCUCCUCUACCAAAGUGCGUAUAGAGAGCACAUUGCCUCGAUUGUGCAGCAAGAAUCGAAUCGAGUCUAUCGGCUGUUCAAACAACGCACAGGCUUCUCGGGGAAAGUGAGCUUGUGUGGCCACUCGCUCGGUAGCGCCAUAUGCUUCGAUAUCCUGUGCAGACAGGAAGAGGAGCUGAAAACGCGUCCGAGACGAGUCUCGAGCAAGACAUCGCGCGAGCUCGGCAUCGAAUCGAAGGACCUCAAACUCGACUUUGAUGUUGAGAAUUUCUUCGCCCUUGGCUCGCCUGUCGGUCUCUUUCAGAUGCUCAAGGGUAGGAAGAUCGCUGCCCGGCCGUCACUCGGUGCCAGCGCUUUCGGGGCCACGGCGGUGCCUACAUCACCAUUCGAUCCAGAUCCGAUGAAGAACGACCCAUUCGAUAAUCCCACGUUGAAGCUCAAUGCCGGCCAGAGUCCGACCGAUCUCAUACCGAUCACGACUUCGUCCCCGAAAUGCAGCGAGUUGUUCAACAUCUUCCACCCUACUGAUCCUAUAGCCUACCGCCUAGAGCCGCUCAUAUCACCAGCCAUGGCGCAGCUCAAGUCCCAGCCAAUCCCAUACACCAAGAAGAAUCUCUUUGCCGCCCCGGGUAUCUCCAAUAUCUCCGAGCGAGUAGGUCAACAGAUUAUGUCGAGCUGGUACAACCUGACCUCCGGUGUUGCGUCUACGCUGAUCAAUAGAAGCCUCGGCAUCACUGGCGAAGAGCAGGCUUUAGCACAGGACAAGGCCAAAAUUGCAGAUGCAGCCAAACAGGGAGCCCAACCCGCAGUUGACAUGGACAUGCCUGUUGCCGACGAGAAGAGACAGCAAGAACUGGCCGACGCAGCCAAAUUGUCCCCGUCAACAGAGCAAGCACCCACGCUGAUCGAUUCCGAGCUUGAAACUCUGUACGCUGGGUUUCAAAAACGUCAAGCCACCACCGAAGGUCCGGAUGCCGAAGCUCAAGCUCGUAGCUCGACCGAGUACAGACAAUCGCAGGAACGAGCUCGCAAACUCAAGCGCGAAGAGGCCAAGGUCCGCGCGCUCAACAGCAAUGGCCGAGUCGACUACCAUAUCCAGGAGGGCAUGUUCGACGUGUCUCUGCUAGCUAGUAUCGCAAGUCACUUGAGUUAUUGGGCGGACGAGGAUGUCAAUCACUUUAUGAUGGGGCAGAUGCUCAGGAACAGGGACAAAGCGCAACGGAAUGCUCGGGGGACGGAUGAGGCAUGGUAA